GGUUAUGCACGUGUCAUGAGGGAAACAAAUAGUGGUUGGUAAUGGGUAGUGUUUCGGGCAACAAGGGCAGUUUCGCAUGAAGCUGGCUUUACCCAGUAGAAGGCUUACAAGUUACACGAGAAAUAAAACGCGGAGGAGAUUUUCAAUGACGGAGGUUUAUAGGAGAAUGCUGAGUGAUGAAGAUGAAGAUACGCCGGCGAAGUGCCGGCAACGACGGCGAAGAAGGAUUGAGAUGAGGAGGCAUGCUGCUGUCUCGGCAUCGGGAGCGUUACGGAGUCUGGGCCAAACGGAGGAUCCUGCGGAGAGUUCAGAUUGCGGUCGUGAAGGGAAGCGGCUACAUGUGCUGGAAGCCGGCGAUCUGUUAGUGACUAACAGUACGCAUAGUUCUUCUGGCGAGGAGGAAUCUAUGGGCGGGAAGUCGAGAGCGGAAUUGAAUAACGGGCCGGUUUACGGAACUAUGUCGAUUUCCGGGAGAUCACGUGAGAUGGAGGAUGCUAUUUCUGUUCGGACUGAACUCUGCCGGCCUGAUAUUAAUCAUCGGAGACCUGUUCAUUUCUUCGCUGUUUAUGACGGUCAUGGUGGCCCUCAUGUUGCAGCACUGUGCAGGGAAAAGAUGCACGUGUUCGUAGAGGAAGAAUUGAUGCGCGUGGGUUGCACGAGAGAGAGCGAGCGCGGGAGAGACGGCAGCUCACAAGCGGCGGCGGAGGAGGAGCGUGAAAAGAGGUGGCGAAGCGCAAUGAAAAGGAGCUUUGAGAGAAUGGAUGCGGUGGCGACAAACACGUGCGGGAGCGUGGGACACCAUUGUGGAUGCCACUCGAUGGAGGUGGCCCUCGGUGGAUCAACCGCCGUGGUAGCCUUGUUAACGCCGGAGCACAUCGUCGUCGCCAAUUGCGGUGAUUCACGUGCCGUCCUCUAUCGCGGCGGGAAGGCAAUACCCCUAAGUUUCGAUCAUAAGCCUGACAGACCAGAUGAACUUGCACGGAUUGAAGCUGCUGGAGGUCGGGUUAUCUUUGUAAAUGGAGCACGAGUUGAAGGCAUUCUUGCGAUGUCCAGGGCAAUAGGUGACAAAUACCUAAAACCGAUUGUAUCAUCAGAACCCGAGAUAACAUUCACAAAGAGACAACCAGAAGACGAGUGCUUAAUCCUUGCAAGUGAUGGUUUAUGGGAUGUCCUAUCUAGCGACUUGGCUUGCGAGGUUGCACAUGAAUGUCUUAAAGAAGGAAACAACAGUGUAUUCAACGCAGGACGAUCAAACCAAAAAGAUGAAGGGACUGAAGCAUUAUACCCUUCUCGCAGUGUACUCGCCGCUGCACUGCUUACUCGGUUGGCUCUUGGACGAAAAAGCUUGGAUAACAUCAGUGUCAUAGUUGUUGAUCUAAAGAAAAGUUGACAACAACCAAAACCAGAGGUAAAAACCAAGAUGUUUUAUAUGAACCUUGCAUGUAAAAUGACUCAUGCAUGAAUCAUGAUGGUAAAAAGAAAACAUGCAUAGAUACUGCAGUUGCUGACUUAGAAUUGAAUUAAAUUGACUCGGAUUUUAUGAUAAGACUAUUGAAUUAAAUUGCUUA